UCAAAUAUGAAAGCUCCAACCAUUUCUACUCUUACGCUCAUUUUUCUUGCAAUCUUUUGGUGCUCAUUGGCAGCAGCUUCUGCCGAUGAUCACCAAGAGUUUCUCGAAUGCCUGUCCGAACAAUUUCACAACUACUCUUCGAUUUCCAGCAACGUUUACACCCCUACCAACUCAUCUUAUUCUUCCAUCCUUCGAUUCUCCAUCCAAAAUAUGAGAUUCACGUCGGAUUCUACUCCUAAACCACACGUGAUCGUAACCCCACAACACGAAUCCCAAAUCCCUCCUCUCAUAUAUUGUGCGAAAGAGAAUGACAUGCAGAUCAGAACUCGAAGCGGCGGCCAUGACUACGAGGGACUCUCUUAUGUAUCGCAGGUCCCGUUUGUGAUCCUUGAUUUGAUCAACCUCAGUGAAAUCACAGUUGAUGCUGAGGGGAAAACUGCAUGGGUUGAAGCUGGUGCAACCAUCGGUUCCUUAUAUUACAGGAUUGCCGAGAAAAGCCCGGUUCUAGGGUUUCCUGCUGGCGUUUGCCCGACUGUUGGUAUUGGCGGUCAUUUCAGUGGCGGCGGCUACGGCACGCUGCUGAGAAAAUACGGCCUAGCGGCAGAUCAAGUCAUCGAUGCGAGAAUAAUCGACGUUAAUGGCAGAAUUCUCGAUAGAAAAUCAAUGGGCGAGGAUCUGUUCUGGGCGAUCAGAGGCGGCGGAGGCGCUAGCUUCGGCGUGAUUCUUGCGUGGAAGGUGCAACUGGUCGAUGUGCCGGAAACAGUCACUGUUUUCACAGUCGACAGAACGUUGGAACAAAAUGCGACUCAACUCGUUCACAAAUGGCAGUACGUUGCGCCCAGGUUCGACCAGGAUCUUUUCAUAAGAAUCCUUAUGAGAAGGGCUAACUCGAGCGAAGGCGGCAGGAACGCAACAGUUCGUGCUUCGUUCAAUUCGAUUUUCCUCGGCGGGGUCGACAGAUUGCUGCCGUUGAUGCAAGAGAGCUUCCCUGAGCUAGGGCUAGUGAGAGAAGACUGCAUCGAAAUGAGCUGGAUCGAAUCCAUCCUAUAUUUCGCCGGUUUCCCCAUAGAAUCACGUGAAAUUCUUCUCAACAGAAGUCAGCCAAAUGUAAGAUACUUCAAAGCCAAGUCAGAUUAUGUGCAGAAACCGAUUCCUGAACAAGGGCUCGAAGGCAUAUGGAGACUGUUCUACGAGCCAGAAGCCGAUGAGGCGGAGGUCAUCUUCAGCCCUUACGGCGGUAGAAUGGAUGAAAUUUCGGCUUCCGCCAUUCCGUUUCCUCACAGGGCUGGAAACCUAUACAAAAUCCAGCAUUUGGUGUACUGGCAAGAAAGUGAGAACCAGAAUUCGGACAGCUACAUAAGUUGGAUUAGGAGGCUUUACAGUUACAUGGCUACUUAUGUUUCCAAGUUUCCGAGGGCUGCUUACAUUAACUACAGAGAUCUUGAUAUUGGAGUCAACAAUGAUGAUGGAAAGACCAGUUAUGCGCAAGCAAGCGUUUGGGGCAUGAAAUAUUUCAAGGACAAUUUCGAUCGGCUUGUUCGGGUGAAAACCGCAGUUGAUCCACACAACUUUUUCAGAAAUGAGCAGAGCAUUCCGCCAUUGCAGUCGAGGUGGACGAAGGAAGGGGAUUAGGGCUUGAGCAUGAGGUACACGAUAUUUGCGUCUAUAUGCAUGCAUAUAUGUUUUUAUUGAAUUUAUUGAUGUGUUUGGUUUAUGUAAUAAGGUGUAGUACUACCAUGUACAUGUAUUGAUAAUCUGAUGUAUCUUCUCGUAUAACGAUGGUGAUUAAUUUGUUUGUCAUUCGUGUAUUGUAAUAAAUUGAUUGGUUUAUGAAUAUAUUAUAGGGGUUUUGGCAAAUAAAAUCACGAAGUAUUUUGAAUUUGUAAUUUUAACGUGACUUUUGAA